AUGGCUUCCAAACCUGUUCUCCGCAAUCUGCUUAUGAGUGAGACAAAGGUGAACUUUGUUAUUGCACUGACUUCAGCGCUGGUUGUUUCAGCAGCAUACAAGUUUGGUGUAGAACACAGGAGGAAGAGGAAGAUUGAUGAGUUCUUCAAGACAUAUGAUGCUGAAGCAGCAUUUGAAAGAAUGCAGAAAGCUGGCGUUUUCAGGCUGUACAAUCCUGCAAAAGAGGAAUAA